ACUCUUAUAACUUUACUUAGCAGGUAUAUUGACAUUAAGAACAGCCAACACUUGCCCUGUGCCGGGCACUGAUCCUCACAACAAUCCUGUGAGGCAGGGACUAUGUUACCCCAUUUUAUAGGUGGGGAAACUGAGGCACGGAGGUGCAGUAACGAGCCUAAGCCACACAGCUUACAUGUGGCAGAGCUGGGAUUUGAAACUGGGCAUCUGGACCAGAGCCCAUAUACGCGGCCUCAACCCUCUAUCUCCCUCAUUGCAUUUGCAGGACUUCAUAUUUUUUCUGGGCCUCAGUUUCUUGCAUCUGUAAAAUGGGGACAGGGGGAGCAUUUGACUCGCUAUCUCAAAGGCUCUGCCUUACAGGUCCAUCGGCUUUAAGUUGUGAAUUCUCUCUGGACCCCAGUGAAUGUGGAAAUGCCAGUUUGGAGAUAGGAAGACUGCAGCCAAAAGGACCAUGGCUUUGGAAGGCGGAGUCCAGGCUGAGGAGCCUCUCUGGACGUAGGAAGCCCGGUCAGGCAGCCAUGGAGUGGAACAACGGCACAAGCCCAGCUCCGGGCUCACCGCCCACCACCUGCGUCUACCGAGAGAACUUCAAGCGACUGCUGCUGCCACCUGUGUACUCAGUGGUGCUGGCGGCCGGCCUGCCGCUGAACGCCUGUGUCAUUGCCCAGAUUUGCAUGUCCCGUCGGGCCCUGACCCGCACAGCCGUGUACACACUGAACCUGGCCCUGGCUGACCUGCUGUAUGCCUGCUCCCUGCCCCUGCUCAUCUACAACUACGCCCACAGUGACCACUGGCCCUUUGGUGACCUCGCCUGCCGCCUCGUCCGUUUCCUCUUCUACGCCAACCUGCACGGCAGCAUCCUCUUCCUCACGUGCAUCAGCUUCCAGCGCUACCUGGGCAUCUGCCACCCUCUGGCCACCUGGCACAAGCAUGGGGGCCGCCGGGCCGCCUGGCUAGUGUGUGGGGCUGUGUGGCUGGCCGUGAUGAUCCAGUGCUUGCCCACAGCCCUCUUUGCUGCCACAGGCAUCCAACGCAACCGCACCGUCUGCUACGACCUGAGCCCGCCCGCCCUGGCCACCUGCUACCUGCCCUAUGGCAUAGCCCUCACGGUCAUCGGCUUCCUGCUGCCCUUUGCCUCCCUGCUGGCCUGCUACUGUCGCCUGGCCCACCGUCUGUGCCGCCAGGAUGGCCCGGCAGAGCCCGUGGCCCGGGAGCGGCGUGGCAAGGCCGCCCGCAUGGCUGUGGUGGUGACAGCCGUCUUCGCCAUCAGUUUCCUGCCUUUCCAUGUCACCAAGACAGCCUACCUGGCGGUGCGCUCUACACCUGGCAUCCCCUGCCCCAUUCUGGAGGCCUUUGCAGCCGCCUACAAAGUCACGCGGCCCUUUGCCAGUGCCAACAGCGUGCUGGAUCCCAUCCUCUUCUACUUCACCCAGAAGAAGUUCCGCCAGCGGCCACACGAGCUGCUACAGAAACUCACAGCCAAGUGGCAGCGGCGGGGUGGCUGAGCCCAGCGGGGCAGGAUACCUGGGACCUGGGCAGCCGUCAUGUUUGACAUUGUGGCUGGGGUACCAGAAGCCCCACCAACCCCAAACUAUGCAGAGAAUUAGAGCUUAGCUCAGGGGGGCAGGGAUUGAGGUCCCCCAGAGACCCCAAAAUUUCACCAACAAUUAUUUAUUGAGACGUUUCUCUGGACCAGGCCCUGUGGGCACAGAGAGAGACAGGCCUGGGCCUAGCUCUCCAGAAGGUCCCAGUCAGCCAUGGAGAGUUGGGGAAGCCACGUUAAGCUGCUCACAAAAAUAUAGUGUGACAUGUACUGUCAUUGAGGAGUAUGCUACAUGCUUUGGAGUCACCAAUGAAGGAAGUGAGGGAAGAUGGGAGAGGGAAGUGAGAGCUUCUGGGAAGGGGCAUUUGAGGUGGGUUUUGAGGGAUCAAUAUGAGCUCUCGAGGGUGUGAUGUUCCAUUCACUCAGCAAACUUUUAGUGACUCCUUGUGCUUGGGCCUGGGUUGGUUCUGGGGCCCCAGAAGAACCAGCCCCAGACCUGCCCCAUACAGGCUCCCAACUACUGUAGGUACAGACACUGACACAGUGAUGUCAGGGCUGUGACAGAGGGAAGCAUGGAUGGGGGGGAAGGGUGCCCAGAGGAUGCCCAUGACCCAGUCCAAGAAGUCAGGGAAGCCCUCUUUGAGGAGGAAACAUCUGAACCAGAUGUUGACAGCUGAGUGGUAGCUCCACAAACAGAAGUGGGGAGCACUUUCAUGCAGCCUGGACCAGCUCUGUGCUAGGCUGUGCCCUGUGGCAGAUAGGCAGAGAGCUGGGAUGGAGGGCACAUGGCCUCAUGUGUGUGAAAGCUGAGAAAAUAAGGGCUGUCCCGUGGCCACCCUCCAGACAAUGGCAAGAACGGGCCAGAUGCUUCAGGCUGUGGGGGCUCAUCAGAGGGAGAAAUCAGGGAGCACUUCUUAGAAGAGGUGGGGCUGGAGCUGGGGAGGAAUCCAAAGGGCAGAGAGGAGGAGGUUGCUCCUGGUGGAAGGCACUGUGUGUACAAAACCUAGAGAGGCGAUGCUCUGAGCCUGGCUGUAAAGCACAGUGAGUUUCAAUUAAGCCCCAGGGGUUGGGUAGGUGAAGGGGGUCACAAGAAACGAAGCUGAGUGGGAGCGGAGCAUUCAAUGCCCGGAAGAGCUCCAGACCCCACCUCUCCACCACCUACCUCUUCAAACAGGCCUAUUUUAGGCUCAGGGUGUCCACGGUGCCUGGGACACCUCUGCCAGGCCCCCCAAGUGAGGGGGAAUAGCCCUUCAACAUUGCUUCAUUCUUAAAGGAGAAGUCAGCAGCUUGAGGAGACACAGGGCCACCCCCAGGGCCACCAGGAGGUCUCUCCGUGGAGGUCUUGUGGCCAGGAGCCUGCAGACUGGCCUCAUGACAGACUGCUCCUGCUGGGUUCCACCGCUGCGGGCUCAGCGCCGUCGUUCGGGCCUGUGGGUCCCUGGAAGGCUGCCUGGAGGCCAUCUCAUAUGGGGGCAUCUCAGACACGGGCCUGAGCCUUACAAUCCUUGGAAAGGCAUCUUCCCUGAGGCGCCCCCAAGGAGGCAGCACGGGGGUAUCAUAGCAUGCAAAUCCUCUUCCCCUGCUUUCCUGGGCGCCUCUCCUUUCAGCUGCCUCUGCAGCUCCUCUUCCUCUCUGCUGUUUUCCCUCAGCUCCCCCUACCCCACUCCCGCCCCCCUGCCCCGCGCCCCCUCACUUCUCCUGCAGGCCUUAUUCCCUCCUCCCUCCCAGGUCUCAGUUUUCCUCCUGCAGAACAAUCUGGUCUGCCCUUGGCUGUUGAUACACCACACAGACCCCUGCAGGACAGAACCGGCCACAGCAAAGAGUCUUCCUUCUUAGAAGGUAGAAGGGGGAGAGGGAAGGGCAGAGGGACGGGGCAGGGAGGGAGAGGACGGCAUAACUCACUCAGUAUUUUUCCCUUAGCCCUGCCCAGUCCCCAAGGCUGGUGGGCACUGGAGGCGUGCAGAGAGUGCUGCAGGGUUAAACUCCAUAGUAACAUCAGAGCUGUGCUUGCAGCCGGUGCAGGCAGUGGGGAACCAGGCCCAACCCAUCUUGGGAAUCAUUCCAAGUGCCCUUGCUGGGGGGGCUGACACUUCGGACAGAAGGAACUUUGAUUCUUUGAGUCACAGUAAGAUAGACGUAUGGGGACGUCAGAGGACAGAGACGAGCUCUCAUUCCCCAUCUGACGUCAUGCCACGCCAGGCAGUACAGCUCUCCCCACCCUCCAUCUCGUCCUGAGUCUGAGAGCAGACUCUUCAGUUGCUGGUCCUGGGAGACUGGGCCAACGGGAGCAGGAGGCAGAAGGCGUCUGCCCAGAGCCCUGGCUGAGCCCUGUAGAGGGUCCCAGACGACUGUCCCAGCAGAUUGAUGAGAACUGUGACCUCUUGGUUACUUUUCCAAGAGUGGAAAUUGUGGGCCGUAGGUAAAUCGCAUUCCCAGCUUCCCUUCGCGAGGCAGAAGAGCACAAGGGUCCAGGCUCCGGAGCCCAUCGCCAGGUGUGGGUCCCGGCUCCACCACUUACUAGGUGUCUUACUCUGGGCAAGUUACUUAACCUCUUGGUACCUUAAUUUCCCCAACUGUGAAAUGGGAACAAUAAAGACACCUAUCUUGUAAAGUUGUUGUGAGGAUUCAGUUAAUUAACAGGUGCAGAGCACUCAGAACAGCGCCUGGAACCCAGCAAGCGUGCCAUGAGUGUUCCCGUUGUGAUGAUUUUGCCUUUUGUGCACACAAGGGCCUCUGGGGUUUCUCUGGGAACAGGCACAGGAGGUUUCUAAACAAGAGGCUUUGAGGAGGUGGUGGCAAAGGUUUCUCUUUCUCCUUCAGUUGGGAGGCAGCCAGUCUUUUAAGACAAAAAACUCAGCACGCUUUUUUGAGAACAAGGGCCAUAAUCCAUGACCUUCAUCUGCUCCUAUAAGGAAAACCCAUUUAUUACGUGCCAGGACCAGGGACUCCAAGUACCAUUUGGAGGGCUUGAAUUCCCCCUUCCCUUCUCCCUCCUUUUGUUUCUUUCCUCCUUCUCAUCCCCCCUUCUCCCUCCUCACUUUAACCCAGCGCACAUUCGGUGAUGGCGCAGGGCUGGGGGCUGACCCUGGGGAUGUCUGCUUGCGGGAUGGGAGACAGAGGGACACAGACAGGGGUGUGGAGGUGGAGGGUGGUGAGGGUCCGAGGCAAUUCUUCCAUGGGUUG